GCAUCAGGCAAACCCACGUUCCAAUUUCCAAUUCCUAAGCCUCUUCGUCCUUUGGGCAGUUUAACAAUAAAUAAAUAAAUAGGUAACGAAAUGGAGCGAGGAAAAGAGCAAGGGAUAAUGGUGAUGCCCCAGCAAAACCCUCUGGAACAAUUGCAAACCAAGUUCAAGGAAGUGGAGAGCGGGUUCAGGGCAUGGCUAGCCAAGCAGUCCUUGGCAGUCGAGGCGGCUGUGGUAACCACCACCAGCGCUGCUCAGGGUGCUGCUAUCGGUGCUUUCAUGGGUACCCUUACCAGCGAUGUUUCGUCCUCUCUUCCAACUCCUCCUCAGGCUUCCCUCAAUCCUCAAGCCAUGGCUUCUCUCAAGCAAGCCCAGGCUCUAUCAGGAGGUCCCUUGGUACAAGCUCGCAAUUUUGCCGUGAUGACGGGUGUCAAUGCUGGCAUAUCUUGUGUUAUGAAAAGAUUGAGAGGGAAGGAGGAUGUUCAAUCUAGCAUGGUGGCAGCUUUUGGUUCUGGGGCCAUGUUUUCUUUAGUGAGUGGCAUUGGUGGCCCAAAUCAAGCUGCAAAUGCAGUCACUUCUGGACUUUUUUUCGCACUUGUUCAAGGCGGGCUUUUCCAGUUAGGGCAAAAGUUUUCUCAACCACCUGCUGAGGAUGUGUACUAUUGCCGAACAAGGUCCAUGUUAAAUAGUCUUGGCCUGCAGAACUACGAGAAGAAUUUCAAAAAAGGCUUGUUAACAGAUAGCACAUUGCCUUUGCUCACUGAUAGUGCUCUUAGAGACGUCAAAAUACCCCCUGGACCCAGGCUCCUUAUUCUUGAUCACAUUAAGAGGGACCCAGACUUGAGAGAGAAGCAAGGGCGUCGUGCGUGAAGUUCUAUUAUCAAGCUGGUUCACCAUGUAGGGGCAAUUUCCAAUAUAUCUGAAACUAAAGAAUGGGGGACUGGCUCGUAUCUCUUCCAAUGAAAUGAAUUCCUUUUGUUUCUUUUUGUCCUUAACAACCAAUUUCAAUAAACAAGUUUGCUCUAGCUUUAUUUUAUUGAGUAGUUUCAGUUGCUGUUAUACUAAACAUCAGAUAAAGCUAGUUGCAUGAACGAAUGCAGUAAUUUUUGUAUUUGCAUCUGCUUUUUCUAGCCAGCUUUAAUGGCUUCCAAGUCCAACAGGGUUAAUGCAGCUGCUAGUAAGUUUGCCGUC